UUGCUAUUCCCAAGUCGUAUCAGCUCACUCCCGUUUCUUGUACGAUCGAGUGAGAGCGGUUUUCUUGUGUCCAUCCUGAUCCCGAUGCAUAAUUUGCCAAUGUGAUUGCAUUAUUCCUUAUCUUGUUCAUUUCCCCACUUGGCCGCCGCAAAGGGAAUUUGUUGUUUUCGGAGGUGUUAUUUCGGACCGUCUAUUGUUAGAAAUGGAGUUGAAAACGGAGCAGCCCAUCUUCACGACCAGGGCUCAUGUGUUCCAAAUUGAUCCAAACACGAAGAAGAACUGGCUUCCCUCCAGCAAACAGGCCGUUACCGUCUCCUUCUUCUUUGACAGCACCCGCAACAGCUACAGGAUCAUCAGCGUGGAUGGAUCCAAGGCGAUUAUCAACAGCACUAUUUCAUCUACCAUGACCUUCACUAAGACCUCACAGAAGUUUGGGCAGUGGGCCGACACCAGAGCAAACACAGUCUACGGGCUGGGCUUCAGCACCGAGAUGGAACUCAACAAGUUCAUAGAAGAGUUUGAGAGAGUAAAGGAAGCGGCAUUAGAAAUCACCUCGGAACCCUCCAAGAAAGGCAUAGAUUCUACCCCCGUCCAGAAUGGAUCGGCCAAGAUCACCAACAAUGAAAUCAACCAUGCAAAGCAAAGUUCUGGGGAUUCAACUGGCUCGAUACCCAACCCAGUACACAUUAUGGCCUCAUCUGAUGCCCAGCUCAAGUAUGAGAAUGAUCGACUCAAAAUAGCAUUGGCACAGAGUUCAAAUAAUGCCAAGAAAUGGGAGCUGGAGCUCCAGACUUUGAAGAAUAAUAACGCCAGACUGACCACUGCACUGCAAGAGAGUACUUCUAACGUUGAAGAGUGGAAGAGACAACUAUCAGCAUAUAAAGAAGAGAAUGUCAGAUUAAAGAAACGGAUGAAGGAGUUAGAAGCAACGGUUGAACCUGAGGCUCAGAAUGGACACAGUGAUACAGCAGAGCUUGAGAGCAGAGUACAGGAACUCACGCUGGCUCACAAAAACAAGGACCAGGAAGUGGAAGGCCUAUCCAAGAGACUUGAAGAAGUUUCAGGUUUGGCGGAGGAGAAUACUAGAUUGUCGUCAGAACUCGAGAAAACCACGUCCAAUGUAGAUGCUCUGACAAGUCGCCUCACUGACCUGGAAGAGAAACUUCAGCAAGAGAGGGCGACGAGAGAGGAGAACAGCACGCAGAUGACAACCCUGCAUGAACAGCUUGGAAGUACUCUAGAACAGCUCGCUUCAUUACAUAUCCAUCUCGGCAAAUCAUUAAACCAUUGAUGCCCUAUAGCUGCAACAAUCCUUUGGUCAGUUUGACCGCUGGAUGAUGCACACAAGGACCACACAUUUCCAUGUUACUUCUCAAUGGCCACCAUCCAAGCUGAACCACAUUGCAAUAGUACAACAUUCUUUUACUCCUAUGGAACGAUCUUGGAAAGUGCUGGGCCUCUUCGAGGAUGGCUUGGACUAGAGCAGCCGGCCUCUUCGGGUGAGCUUGUGCUAGCGACUGAAGAAAGUGGACAAACUUUUAUGAAAAUUGAAUUUAUCUUUUUUGUGUUGAUGAUUUAUCAAAGUGAGGCAUGUACAUGUAAGCUAUCCAUGUAUGUACAUGUACUUGCAAUGAGAUGUAAACGAUGUCAUAUUUCGCAUUAUUAAUUUUUCGCGCUGAACGACCACAUAAUAUAUUCCCUGGUUCUUAAAUUGGCGUUGCACGCAAUUCAGCCUGUUCAAAACAUGCAUAGGAAUUCAUGCUUAUAUUUUCGGAAGUUCUAAAAUUCGUGCUUGCUGAUCUUAACACAAAAUUGAUGUGCCUAGCAUAGCCGGGUAAAGGUUGAUACGUGCGCUAUAUAAGAAUCCAACAUUACUAUUAUUAUUAUUUCUACUUUUACAGUACAUGCUUUUGUUGAUACUUUGUCUCUAUAAGUUUACGUUGUGUAUUAUCAUUUUGUUAUUUGUGUUUCGUCAAUGGCUGAAAAAAAAUGCUGAAAAUGUACAUGGAAGGCAAACAUGCUGUAUGUAGCAAUGCAGGGUACUUGACCCUUACCUAGGGAGGUCAAGAUUGAAUACUGUGUUAUAACCCAUUGCGUAUGGAUCUGGGUGGUCCGUGUAUUAACUCUAUUGCUAUGAUGACAUUUAGCAGUCGAUGUGUUAAUGUAUGAAACAGAACAAGACUUCCAAGGGUGUUCAUUCACCAUUUCAAUGAGGGCUUUUUGAUUGCGAGGUCAACUGUGAACUGUGGCAUGAUGACGUUAUUCAGAUGAUCUGCGCCAUCUACCUUGUCCACUACCAGAAUCGAGAACGUGUCUAUCUUGGUUGUGAUGGCCUCCCUAAUCGCUAUAGCCAUAGCACGUACCUAUGGCUAGCUUUUUUUGUACUUUGUUAAACCUCAUUCAAAGUGGUGCGCGUGCAGGGGAAAUAUACAUAUGCAUGAUGAAUACAUCACAUGACGUCAUCAUGUUCACUUGUGCGGUUAAGCAGGCAUUGAAUGAAAUUGAAAUAGGUUAAAGGGAAGUGAACAAUGGGUGUUGACUAGUGUUUGAAGUCUGUUAUUCUCCUCAUGCUCCCUUUAAACUGGGGGGGGGGGGGAUGUGCCUGUGUAU